GGAAAAUGAAAGAAAUUACCAACAUCUGAACAGGAGAGGGAAGCAAAAGGCAGACAGGGAUCUGAAAGGAGGAGGGUUUUGAAAUGGGAGGAACGUUUCCAUCCUAUUUAUUGCUCAGACAUAAUAUUGGACUUCCAUUCCAAUAAGGAAACAAACAUGGGACUACUAACUAUAGGAGCAGCUUCUGCAAUCACCGCAGUCGGAGCGGUUGCGGCUGUCCCGGUGGUUCUAGGGGCCAUCGGCUUCACCUCCAUCGGAAUCGCUGCUAGUUCCUACGCGGCAGGCAUGAUGUCUACAGCAGCCAUCGCGAACGGAGGAGGGGUUGCAGCAGGAAGUCUAGUGGCUGUUCUGCAGUCAGCAGGUAUGGCUGGUCUAACCGCAAGUGCCACUGCAGGUGUGGCCAGUACUGGGGGAGUUCUUGGAGGAAUUGCAGCCCUUAUUAUUUGAGGCAAACAUCACUCAGACAUUGACCAUAAGGAAGGAUAAAGUUUACUUUCCCAAAAGGAAGAAACGACAAAUUACAAUUUAGCUCGAGCCUCAGGGUAAACAAUGUUACCAAAUGAAGGAUUAUAAAUAAAAUAAUUUGAAAAGUG